AUGCCUUCUGCUACUACUUCCAUGAUCGACCUGCACGAUCCGUCCACCAAGGCGUACAAGAAAGCAAAGAGGCAGUACCAGAAGGCCACGAAGAAUAGGGCAAGUGAUACAGAAGCCGACUGGACGCCGUUUAGAGCUGCAGAGAAACGAUACAAGGCCCGAUUUCCACCCCCUGACCUAAGAGAUGUCCUGGACAUUGCGACACUGGAUCCAGCGCGAGCAGAUGAAGUAAAGCAAGGAAGCUGGACCGGCUCUGUACACUCUGUUGAAUACAGAAGUGUACCAUCUUCCGCGACAUCGAAGGCAUACGCUAUCCCUCAAAUACCUGGAUUGGUUAUCAUACCAGGCUUUCUGUCCCAUGAAGAGCAGAGACAUCUCAUACGAUGGUCAUUAGCCGAUCACGCGAAACACCCGAAUGACACCAACCUUGACACCCACUAUCUACUUCCGCGGCAUGGUCUAUGGAAUACUUACAUCGAAUCACUGAAGGAUCCAGAGCACGAUGAAACCAUACAACCUCGCGCCAUGGUCUCCACCGAUGAUCCAUCACCUACGCAGUAUGAACCUACUGGUCCUCGCCAGCUGAUCAACAACACCCCAGCGGCCCCGGAGACCUUCACGACCAUUUCUCUGACACCCAAGCCUCCCCCACCCCCAUCCCAGAACGCUCUCCCAUCCAAGGCCUCUGAACUUCUUCCAAAGCUACGCUGGGCCAACAUAGGCUGGUUCUACCACUGGGGCGUGAAACAGUAUGAUUUCAGUAAAGGGAAGGUCGAGGUCGAUGGUAAACUACGCGAUAUUUGUAAGAGUGCCGUUGAGUCUGUUGACUGGGAUGCGUUAUAUAAGGGUACGGAGGACUCUUGGGGGGAAGAACGCGCGGCUUGGAGGAACUGGAAUGACACUUAUGAGCCCGACGCUGGCAUAGUCAACUUCUACCAAACGAAGGAUACGCUCAUGGCACAUGUAGAUCGUUCAGAAGUCUGCGCGACUUCCCCUCUUGUGUCAAUAUCACUUGGAAACGCAGCUGUGUUCCUUAUUGGGGGCUUAACAAGAGACACAGAGCCAACUCCAAUCCUUCUUCGAUCGGGAGAUGUAGUAAUCAUGUCUGGCCCAGCGUGUCGUCGAGCCUAUCACGGUGUUCCGAGGAUACUUGAAGGCACGCUCCCCCGUCACUUUACGGAUGAUGAUACUGAAGAAUGGGCUGCGUUCGCAAAGUACAUGUCGACAACCCGCAUAAAUAUUAAUGUACGACAAUUCGCAGCCAUGGAAAACGAUCAGGGUGUCCUCGUCGAUCUCUACGUCCCCCGCAAGUGCUCUGCCACCAAUCGCCUCAUCACCUCGAAAGACCACGCCUCUGUCCAGAUCAACGUUGCUGAUGUUGAUGCCACCGGCCGUGCCCUCGGCACCUCAACCACCUUCGCUCUCUGUGGACAAGUGCGAUCGCAAGGAGAGAGCGAUGAUUCGCUGAACAGACUGGCUACCAAGGCUGGGCUUCUCCGCAACGUCUGGUCAUACCAGAAAUAA